AGAUGUCUGGUUGAUCACUGAUGUUUGCCUUUUUGUAAUGUCACAGGCAAUCGAUGAGGCUUUAAAGAAGUUCGCCGAACACCCCAAACUCAAAGAGACAGACAGCGUGUUGGUGGUUUUGAUGUCACACGGGUUACGGGGCCGUGUCUGCGGUGUGGACUGGAAGCGUGAAAGAAAGGCAGAUGAGUUUCUCAUCGACAACAUCUACAAACACCUGGGCCCAGAGAAUUGUCCAGCGCUGCUGAACAAACCCAAGAUCAUCAUGAUCCAGGCCUGCAGAGGAGGUGACGAAGGAGCAGUGGUUGUUAGAGAUGGUGAUGGUCCAGCUUUGGCCUGUGAUGAUGCUGGUGAAGAAGACAUUGAGGAUGAUAAUUUGUGUCUUGCAAAGAAAGAAAAAGACUUCAGUUCUCUUCUAUCGUGCACACCUGAUACAGUCUCAUACAGACAUCCAGUUAACGGGUCUUUUCUCAUCCAGUAUGUUGUUGAGGUAUUUAACACGUUCGCAUGUGAGGAUCACAUCGAGGAACUUUUCAGAAAAGUCAUGCAACGCUUUGAAGAUUUUUCCAUUCAAAGCAAAAAACAGAUGCCGACCAAAGACAGAUGCACUCUGACAAAGCACUUCUACUUCUUUCCAGGCCUCUGAGGCAGGAGUCACUUCUUUCAUUUUAAGACAGGCUUGUAGCCACUUUUCAAAUUAUUUCAGCAAUUCAGAUAAUACUUACACAAAUUAUUUGUUGUUUUACUAAAUGGGCCACAGGCUUUGGGACCAAAGGACGGCGAAGAGAUGCAAAACCGUUUCAAAAAGAUCUAAAAUAAGUCGAAAAAGAGAAGCAAAUCAAAAACAAAGACUCAAAACUUCAGAGACUUUAAAAAGAGACAUUUAUAUGUCUGUGUCAUCCACAAUCAGCUAAUAUGAUAAUAAACAAUUACUUUUUAAAAUAUUCAAAUAACAAUGUGUUAGCCGUUGAAUCAAUUGGGCAUUUUCAUCAACUUGUAUUAAACUGGUUGCUUACUCGUUAACGUAAUAAAAAUCAACAGAAUAUUGAAUGAUUCUUCUAACAAAUGUUUAAAUAUCUUUCUGAGAAUGUAUGAAAUCCAUUUUUAUCUCCUAUAUGGCCGAGAGCCCAGUUAAAAUGUGCAUAACAUCCAUUUUAAACUUAAACUCAAAGGUUGAGACACCAGAAGGUAUCUAUAGGCAAUGUUGUUGCGUACAGAUGGAGUGAAGAUGCCUCUGUGUGGAGCAUCUUGUACACCGCUCUACACUGCACACUUGUGCUCUAAUUACAAAGCAGCACGUCUACACAGACUCCAAGUAUAUAAGGAUGCCAUGAAUAUUACUGAAGAGACCGAGAGGUGUAGUGCCAGUGAAAUGUUUGUGGCUGCAGGAGUUAAUACUUUCCAAGCUGUUGUAAGAAAACAAAUUUAUAAAUGUAUCUGCCAGGUUAAUAUUUCUAAAAAUGAAAUCAUCUUGGGUUCAUCAAAGAUAAAGUUAAAUGCCACAGGCCAGUUCCAGCUGUGGAGACAUUGGUACAGUUGUCUAUUCAUGAGGCAUUCGUAGGUACUUUACUUGUUAUUCUGUAUGUAUUUGAUUCUAUUUAAGGUCUAGUACUAUCUGGACCUUGAGUCUGAAAUAAAAGAUUGAUUGAUAUGUCAACACCAGAUAUGUCAGAAAUGUUUGCUUUGUUGGCCUACUGUGCUUUUUUACUCAGUGUGAGGCUGGUCUAUCCAAAUAAACUUCUCAAGGGAA